UAACUUCAACAGGUGUAUAGUAACUGUGUUUUUACUUUUUUGAAAAUAACAGAGCUCCUAACUUGUUUGUGCUGCAGUGCAUAUUUGUUGUUAUGUCGAUAGGUGGCAGUAUUACAUCUCCAGACUAACCGCUAAACCUCCCGCACGCGCUGGAGAAGAAGCGCACGGAAUAUUUUCAAUUUUUCUCAUACCAGACGCCUAGUGAACUUGACAACCACUAGACUUACAUUUAACGACCAACCGGACAUCGAUUCCAGUUAUUUGACUCGCCGUGCCACAGAUCCAUCGUGUUAGAUUAUGCAUUCAGUAGAGGUGUCAAUCCCGUCUUUUCGAUCGGAGGGCAGUAAUGUGGAGAAGGGCUACACGGUUUUUAAGAUCGAGGUGCUCAUGUGUGGUAGACAGCACACUGUAGAGAAACGAUACAGUGAAUUUCAUGCCUUACAUAAAAUGCUUAAAAAGAUGAUUAAACCUCCUGAAAUCCCUUCAAAGCAUGUGAGGAACUGGGUUCCCAAGGUUCUCGAGCAGAGAAGACAUGGAUUAGAACUUUAUCUUCAGACUAUAAUCAUGGAAAAUGAGGUUCUUCCAAAGAUAUUCUUGGAUUUCCUCAAUAUCCGGCAUUUCCCGUCACUUCCAAAAACAGAGAGUUGUGGGUCAUUCGAAACUGAAUCAGAGGAAUCAAGUAAACUGACACACCAGCCGGCGCUGCUCUUCCAGCGGGAUCCAUAUCUGCUGCCUGCCACCAAUGAUACGUUUUCAAAUAUGGUAAUUGAAGGCGUGAUACGUGGAAUAUUCUAUCCGGACUUCCAGCCGAGGUAGAUCUGAGCGAGUGCUGUGGAAAACAUCACCUCACGUUUCACAGAUAAGAAGGGAUUCGUAUUACCGACACUAAAUAACCCAGCGCCAGUUUAAAGGAUUCGUUCAUUACAGCCUUAACAUUUUAUUUUGGUAUAAACACUCCAUAGAUUUUUGCACAGUAUUUAGUGUUACUGUUAUUCGUGGGCUGUAUACACAGGGGUCAAAGGGAUAGUUCACCAAAAAUAGCAAUUCUGUCAUCAUUUAUUCACCCUCAUGUCAGUCAUAACCUGUAUACGACUCUUUCAUGUGUGGAUCACAAAAGAAGAUAUUUUGAGACAUGUUUCUAUACAUCGGAAGUCAAUGAGGUUAAGUGUUGUUUGGUUACCAGCAUGCUUCAAAAUAUCUUCUUUUGUGAUCUGCAGAAGAAAGAAAACUCACUCGGGUUUGAAAUGGCUGAAGGAUGAAUAAAUGAUGAUAGAAUUUUCAUUUUUGGCUGAACUAUCACUUUAAGGUCUAUUAUUUCUGUAAACGGUCAAAUCAAGGUCUCGUUUAAUCUCAAAUAUCAACUGUGAAGUACCUCAGCAAACAUUUGCACAUCUUCUGUAAGACAGAACAAAACAUGCUGUGAUUUGAACCAAGUUUGCAUGACAUCUCAUCCACCGACUGAGAUGAAUUUGAUCAGAUCUGUUCAGAAUCAGCUAAAUUGCUAGAAGAGCAUUGAACCAUUUCGUUUUCCAAUGGAAUCAUUUGUUUUUGUACAUUUUACGAGUUUCUGAUGUGAAAAUUAAUGAUUACCAGCCUCGCUUAUGGUGAACAAAAAGGGAACAAUUGUGUAAACCAAAUGUAUGUCUAAGUCAAUGUAUGUGUCUCUAUUUACCAUGUUAUUUCCCAAAACUGUGAAAGAGUAAUAGUAGUUACCAAGCUUGCUUCUAUAUUGGACCAAGGAAAAGAUUAUUGGUAGAUUAUUAUUAAAAUGCAGUUUAGUCUUGGAGUAACAUGAUAAUUUUAGGAAACAACUUUGUGUAAGAUGAGAGCAUUUAAACACUAGCUUUUAAAAGCUUUUACACUACUGUUGAAAGCAAUAGUGGUGAGGAUAAUGUGACGAGAGGUAAUAUGAUUUACAGCAAACCCCAUCUGCUAUAACACUGAGAGUGAAACUGACACAUGAUUUUUUUUUACAUACGGAUACCAUUUCAAGCACUUUAGAUUGUUAAGUGUUUGUUUUUAUUAAGACGUCUUAAUUGUGCGUAUGAAA